GUUCUUUUCAACUUUUGACUUUGUGAUAAGUGAAAAAAGCUAAAAGACGUUUCUAAAGUCAUCUGCUACCAGAGUGACAAAACUUCAAAUCAUCGAACUAUUGUAUUGGGCGUAAGCUUUAAACUUCCAAAACAAUAUUUCAGCCUCAGCAAAUUUAGCGGGUUUUCCUUCAAGUUCAAUAAUUAGGCGCAAUAUAAUAAAAUGCCUGAAGAAGCUAGUGCAAUAAAAGGAUUUUUGGCUGGUGGGUUUGGAGGUAUGUGCUUGGUUCUUGCAGGUCACCCACUUGAUACAAUGAAGGUGCGUCUGCAGACCAUGCCCAUUCCUGGACCGGGCGAAGUGCCCAUGUAUUCUGGCACUGUGGAUUGUGCUCGUAAAAUACUUGUUAAAGAGGGAGUACGAGGAUUUUACAAGGGUAUGGCAGCUCCUAUUGCUGGAGUUGCUCCGAUAUUUGCUGUGUCAUUUAUGGGAUUUAAUGUUGGCAAACAAUUGCAACAAAAAGAUCCAAAUACACCCUUAACUUAUCCCCAACUAUUCACUGCUGGAUGUCUUGCCGGUGUCUUUUCCACCACUAUUAUGGCCCCUGGAGAAAGAAUCAAGUGUCUAUUGCAAAUUCAACAAAAUGCAGCAACUGCCAAAUAUAGUGGACCUAUUGAUUGUGCUAAACAACUAUAUAGGGAAGGUGGAAUUAGAUCGAUUUACAGAGGUUCAAUGGCUACGUUAGCUAGAGAUAUACCAGCUUCUGGAGUCUAUUUCAUGACAUAUGAAUGGCUCAAAAAACUUCUUACACCCGAAGGAUCUGAAGGUGGUCUUAGUGUAUUGCGUACACUCUUUGCCGGAGGAAUGGCCGGAAUAGUCAAUUGGAUUGUAGCCUUGCCUCCAGAUGUGCUCAAGUCGCGCCUUCAAAUAGCUCCCGAAGGAAAGUAUCCUGAUGGAGCCAGAGGUGUCUUGAGGGAAUUAAUAAGAAACGAAGGAAUUCUAGGAUUUUACAAGGGAGCAACCCCGGUUUUGUUGAGAGCUUUCCCAGCUAAUGCAGCAUGCUUUUUCGGUUACGAAGUAGCUAUGAAAGGCUUGAACUGGAUGGAGGCAAAAUUAAUGGGAAGAGCGUAA